AUGAACAACUCCAGUUCUUAUGGUUUUGAGCACCUUUCGGAAUGUUCUUCCUUAGAUUCCACCAUACUUACAUCCACUAUUUCAAUUGUUAGUAUUGUGGCAUUCGUCGGCAACACCCUGGUGAUACUAACUUUUCUACUCAGCCCCACCCUAAAGACAAGCACGAACUAUUUCAUCGUCAACAUGGCAAUUUCUGAUCUUCUGUCAUCCUCCACAAAUUGGCCCCUCUAUGCAACUGAAGGAGUCCAAUACAGCAAACCUGCGAUAGACGGCUCAACGGCUAUCUUUAUUUGUAAACUGGGCCUUUUUUUCAGAGCUGUGUCUCAGGCUGUCUCAGUUCAAAGCCUGUUACUAAUCGUUGUAGACAGAUACAUAGCUAUCGUGCUCCCGUUUAAGUCUAUUUUAGUCACAGCUCGACUCAGAACUGCUCUCCAGUUAUUCACUUGGGUGUUUGCGUUAUCAAUAGCUUCACCAUAUGCAUCGUCUAUUCAAAUUAUUCAAGAAAAUUAUCAAACGUAUUGUCGGAGUUUCGCUUCUUGGGGCAAGAAGAAGCAAUUUAUCUUUUACGUGGUAGGAUUUGCAGUAUUCUACUGUGUUCCACUUAUUUCCACGAUUAUCCUCCAUUCAAGAAUCAUGAAAUGCUUGAGACAUACAAGACCAGUAGAGGCUGAAGAAGAGGAACAUACAAGAAUACGAAUGAGAAACAUGCAACAGAACAAAACUGUCAUGAAAGUGUUUGUCUGGAUUGUGAGUGCCUUUUUCAUCUGCUGGACUCCGCUUUGCGUACAUAUUGUACUCCAAAAGCUAUUUACAUCUUCGCGUCUUACUAAAGAUUCGUGCAUGAUUUUUGUUAGUUUGUUUUUCUACAUUUUUCCCUCCUUAAGCACAAUAGUUAAUCCCAUAAUUCUUUUUGCGUAUAGUUCACGAUUCUCGAGUGCUUUGCGAAACCUGUUCGCCUGUUUUACUUGUGGACCUUGCCUAUGUUGCAGAGACAGGCGUAUUGUACCAAACAGCAACUUGUGA